CUGUUCGCCCGCAACGCGCCCCGCGUCGACCGUCGCGUCACGUUCGCGAUGGUCACGGUGAAUGCAGACCCUUAUGGUAUGCCACAGGGCGCCACCACGACGACGGGGCAACUGGUGCUGGAGAUCGCUCAAGCCAGCGAUGGCGGCAUCAAGACCUUCGAGACUUUGGUCAAGGUUGUGUCUAAUGUCUUGGAAAAACCUAUGGAGCCCAGGUACAGAGAACUCCGCAGAAGUAGCCCUGGUAUCGACCAGGUAGAUGCAAGGCCACAGGGGGCCAUGCUGUUGCGACGCCUUGGUUUCAUGGAUUGUGGUGACUACUACCGCCUCCAGAGCUCUGGCAUUCGCGGCUCAGAGGUGGCACGUUUUCAGUGCGCCCUGAAUGAUCUGCCUCAUUGUAGUAGCUUUGUCGAGCGGCUCGGGCCCUCCAUUUUUGCCUUGGGCUUAGAAUGGCGGAAACCGGAUGGCACCAGCACUUGUUUGCCAGGGCCAACCUUCCGCGAAAGGGCUCAAAACUCAGCGCAAGUGUCGGUUCCUUCGCUGCCGGAUGUAGGCGGCGCUUGGGGACAUGCUUCCUCUCUGCCCGCUGCUCGGAGCCCGGAGGAAGAGGAUGAUGCGGACCUGCAAGAAGCACUCCGACUCUCCAUGAUCCAAAGUUGAGGCACCCCGUGCAAAGCGACGCAAGCUGCGUGGCGCGCUGCGAGCUGCGUCGAAAGCGAAACAAA